AUGCUCUCCAGUGUUCUGCCGCCCCCGCCUCGGUAUCCCAGUCAGAUGCUGUACAAUGGCGCCUAUCUCAGUGGCCAGAUGGUCCCCAUGAUCGAGACCAACAACAUCCUGUCACACCCAACUGGUCCCGACUGCCAGUUCCUCGUCGGCGAAGGUCUCUACGUCCUCGAAGAGGACCUUCUGCUCGCGACGCCCCCGCCGCACCCUUCGGAAACGCCCGUCGUCAACCCUAACCCGCUUGCGACGACUCCUCUGCCUGCUACUGCCGGCACCAAGAUCUCGAUGGUCGCCCUCGUCGAUCCACCGCCGCCACCGGCUCUGGCCCUGCUACUGUCCGGUGCCAACAGCACGGCUCCUCCCGCAGACAAUCCGGGAUCGUCCUCGGGCCCCUUUGCGACAGUGGAAGAACACCCGGACGGCGAAUCCAGCAGCAGUGCACCCACAGGCAACGCUGCAGGCGACUCUGCGACGGGCCGGCUGAGCUUCAACACCAACAGCGCCAUGUCGGCUGGCAGCGACACCGCGCUGGCGGGUGCUGCUGCCUCCGGUGCGGCGCCAGGCACGGCGGCCGAUGCGACAGCCGGUGGCAGCAACCCGUUGACUGCCAACGGCUUCAACCAUAGCGCAACGUCGACCACCAGCGCCCUCGCGACCCUGGCCAGCAUGGGCGGCACCAAGGCCAGCGGCGGCAAGCAGCGCAAACCCAAGAACAACGUGACCAAGAGCAACUCGUCGUUCAUCUCCCGCGUGAUUGUCAACGACAACCUGGCCAAGCGCCUGCAGGACCGCCCGGCCACCGGCAUCUUUGUCUUUGCAAACAUCAACCGUGCCUUCCAGUGGGUCGACAUGUCCUCCGAGACGAAGAAGGACUACUUCACCAAGAUCCUGUUCACCAAAGCGCACUGCCUGUGCCACGACAUCAACCCGGUGACCAAGAGCACGUCGCACCUCGACGUGAUCAUGGGCUUCUCGACCGGCGAGCUCAUCUGGUGGGAGCCUUUCUCGCAGCGCUACAUGCGCCUCAACAAAAACGGCAUCAUUCGCGGCACGCCCGUGUCAGACGUGCGCUGGGUGCCCGGGUCCGAGAACCUGUUCAUGGCUGCCUUUAUGGACGGGUCGCUCGUCGUCUUUGACAAGGAGAAGGAGGACGCCGCCUUUGUGUUUGACGAGGACGAGGCCAAUCGCCAGCGCCUGUCCAACAGCACCGCGGCCCGCGCGCACAUUCAGGUCGAGCGCUCGAUCCACACCAAGGGCCAGAAGAGCAACCCGUUUGCGUUUUGGAAGCUGUCGAACCAGCGCAUCAAUGCCUUUGCCUUUUCACCACAGGCCAACCAUGUCGCCGUUGUGUCCGAGGACGGCUCGCUGCGCAUCAUUGACAUCUUGCGCGAGGAGCUGUUGGGUCUCUUUUACUCCUACUACGGCGGCCUUACCUGCGUGUGCUGGUCGCCUGACGGCAAGUACGUGGUGACGGGCGGGCAGGACGACCUGCUGUCCAUCUGGCACGUGGCCGACCAGACGCUCGUCGCCCGCUGCCAGGGCCACCACUCGUGGGUCACGUCCGUGGCGUUUGACCCGUGGCGCUGCGACGACCGUGUCUACCGCAUCGGCAGUGUCGGUGAGGACAGCCGGCUGUGUCUCUGGGAUUUCAGCGUCGGCAUGCUGACCCGGCCCAAGGCGACAACGUCCACGAGCAACUCCAACAUCCACACGGCGACAUCAACCGGCAAGACGGUCGGCAGAGGCAGCGAGGAGGACGCGGACGGCUACGUGAUGGUGGAUGAGUCCAACGGCGGUGACGAGCGCGUGCACCCGGUUGAGCCGCGGGCACGGACAGCCAUUCUGCCGCCUGUUUGUUCCCAGGUGGUUGACAAGGACCCCCUCUGCUGGCUUGGAUUCACCGAAAGCGCCAUCAUGAUCAGCAGCAAGACGGGCCACAUCCGCACAUGGAAGCGGCCGACCGACAGCGCAGCGCAAGCGCCAUAA